AUGAGUGAAUCAUCAAAUUCAAAUCAAAAUGAAGCUGCUGCUGCUGCUGCUGCUGCUGCUGCUGCUCAAGCUCAUUAUACUAGUUCAUUACACAAUUCAAUUUAUCAUCAAUAUCAACAACAACAGCCAAUAACUCAACAAUCUUUACAACAACAACAACCUUCUAUUCAUCAUCAAUAUCAACAACAUCUUCAACAACCAACUACUCAACAAUAUUCAUUAAAUAAUUUAGGUUCAAGUACCCCAAACAAUACAGUUACAAAUAAUAAUAAUAUAAUUAAUAAUAAUAAUGGUGCUAAUUCAUAUCAUCAACCACCUGUUCAGCAUCAAUUACAUCAUCAACAUCCUUUACCAAACAUGUAUCUACAACCAAUAAAUACUCCAAUACCUCAACAACAACAGCAACAACAAGCUUAUCAAUUACAACCCCAACCCCAACAACAAUAUCAAUUGGCUCAUCAUCAACCACAGAAUAUGUUACAAAUGCAAGAUAGUAUGCAUCAUUUAACUUCGCAUACUCCUCAACCAAAUCAACAACAACAACAACAACAACAACAACAACAGCAGCAGCAAAUUGGUCAACCAAUUUUGCAUCAUCAUUUACCACAAACUACAAUUCAAUCUCAUCAUCAAACUCCACAACCAACUCCUCCACAACAUCAUCAACAACAACCCAUUCAUUCUCAAAUUCAUUCACAAUUAGCUUUUCAAAUACCAUCUGAACAAGGAACACCUCAACCUCAACAAAAUCAAUUACAACAACAUCAAAUCCCAAUCCAUCAUCAACCACUCCCACAUCAUCCAAAUCAAAGAAAAAUAAAGAAUGAAAAUGAUUCUGUUGCAUCACAUACUUCAAAUUCUUCUAUAGACAUGAUACCAUCUCGAGCCCAGUCAACAGAUAUAGAAGGUGGUUCAAAUAGAAAAGUUGCACCAAGAUCUUCCGUUUUGUUUAGAGUUGGUCCUCCAUUUAGUAUGACAAAACAACAUAAUACAGUUUAUUGUUCAUUAAAUGAUUUGCCUGUACUACCGAUUUUACAUUCAAGAGUUGAUAGAGGUUUUGAAGUUGGUGAACAAGGUGCAUGGAUUGGUUAUAAACGUAAUUACUUCACCUUGGUUUCAUCUUUUACUUUACAAGAUUUUAAUUUUGAUAGAUUUAUUCAGAAUAAAUUUUAUGUUUAUGACAAAAAUUCAUCAUCUUCAUUAAAUGGUGGCUAUUCAAAUGGUCAGCAUCAUCCACAUCAUCCAAACAAUGCCCAACAAAGAGUUGAAAUUAGUUAUUUUGCAAUUAGAUUAGUUGCUAAAUGUUCGGAUGAUGAUGUUGCAAUAUCUUUAAUUCAACAUACUGCUAAAAGAGAUAAAGGUCCACAAUUUCCACCACCAAUUUAUCCAGCUGUUCCAGGAGAUUUACCAGAUCAUGAAACUGUUAAAGCAAGUUGUAAUAAACGUAAUGGUAAUAAAAUUGAAUCAAUGAAUAAAAUUUUUUAUUUUGAUCGUAAUGAAUAUUUUAAUGAUUAUAAUGCAGCACAAAAGAAGGAAUUAUCAAUUUUAAAACAUUAUCCAAGUGAUUCAAUUAGUAGAGUUGCAAGAUUUGAAAGAAUUCAAUUUACAAGUUCAAUUAGAGUAAAAUCAACAAGUACUACUGCAAGAUAUUUUACAUUACAUGUUGAAUUAUUGGGUAUAAUUGAAGAUGAUAAUCAACAAAUUCAACCUAUCUUAUUAGCUUCAAGUGAAUCACCUCCAUUAAUUAUAAGAGGCAGAUCUCCAUCAUCAUAUCAUAAAGAUAGAACAAGUGGUUAUAGACCUCCACAAAGUACAACUCCACAAAGUCAUUAA